AUGGUGAUGCUGCCUGUUUGUGAAGGCAUCGAAGCUGCUGGUGAUCCAGAACGUAUGACCAAAAACAUGCACAAAGCAGUCUACCUGAGCCUGGGAAACCCUGAUGGAUUUCCCAGGAGACCUGAAGGUGGAGGCAGGGUGCCUGAGGCUGGUGUAGCCCUUGGGCCAGUCACUGCCCCCGCACCAACCCCCAUCCCUAAGGCCCCUCUACAGGUCCUGAGCAGCAAGUGGGAAGACGAAAACAGCACAAGCACAAGCAAAGUCACCUGCAAAGAGCCGUGUGGAAGUGAAUGGUCCUUCUCCCAGAAUCUGAUCACAGCAGACCAGUGUUCAUUGCCUAAGGCAGCAGUUAACUUCAGCCUUCAGAUGAGGGACAACCAUUUCCUUGAUGGAGCCAUGAGGCAUCGAUGCCAUCAUGGAACCUCUUCAUGGGUUUGGACUCCUCCCUUUAUCUUUCUUUCUGUGGAGGAGCCAGUUGCUAUCAGUAUUCAGAUUAAAGGACCUAUCAACCAGUGCCUACAUCCCACCACCGUCGCCACCACCACCAUCCCCGAUAGAAAGGCUGAAGGGGAUGCUAAAGGAGAUAAAGCCAAGGUGAAGGAUGAACCACAGAGAAGAUCUGUGAGGUUAUCGGCUAAACCUGCUCCUCCAAAGCCAGAGCCCAAGUCUAAAAAGGCCCCUGCAAAGAAGGGAGAGAAGGUACCCAAAGGGAAAAAGGGAAAGGCUGAUGCUGGCAAGGAGGGGAAUAACCCUGCAGAAAAUGGAGAUGCCAAAACAGACGGGGCACAGAAAGCUGAAGGUGCUGGAGAUGUCAAAUGA